CGUUUGUUUCACGGACAUCACCAUCUUCAAUAACCUUUCGACAGUCUAACCGCCAUAACCGUUCCCUUUCAUUUCCAUCAAAACCAGAGCACUUUCCUUCUGUUAUCUGUCUCUCUGUUUCUCUUCGAUAAAAACAACAAUGGCUUCUCAAAACCCUAAUCCCAAAAAAUCCCUAUAUCCAGAAGUGAUCCAAUCAAACCCUGAAUCUCCUUCUUAUGUCUUCUCAAACCCUAAUUCUCAAUCCUCCUCAUCCAACCUCUACCCUACAAUCGACAUGAACGACCUCGUCGAAAAUCUCUUUCCUGAACCUGUACAACACUAUCCCUAUAGCCCCUCUGCUCCGCCUGUGGCCGUUGAGGAAGUAUUGAUCAAAAUUCCCGGUGCCAUUCUGAAUCUCAUUGACAAAAACUACAGUGUCGAGCUUGCAUGUGGCGAUCUCUGCAUUGUUCGCCUGCGUCAAGGAGAUAAUAUCGUCGCCAUUCUUGCUCGAGUAGCUGAUGAGAUUCAAUGGCCCCUGGGCAAAGACGAGGCAGCAGUAAAAUUAGACGAUUCACAUUACUUUUUCUCUCUACGUUUCCCAAAGGAGCAUCACGAGUCUGAUUCGAGCAGUGAUGAGGAGGAAAAGAAAAGUAGAAAUAAGAAAGUUAAUGAUUCGAGUAACCUAUUGAAUUAUGGUUUGACGAUUGCAUCUAAAGGGCAAGAGGCUUUGUUGAAAGAGUUUGAUGGGAUUUUACAGGCUUACAGUUCUUUUACUGUGCAAAAAAUUUCAGAGAAGACGAAAGCUAACGGCGACGCAUUACUACGUGAGUUGGCUGUGACGGAGAAUUCACCGGCGGAUUUGCGGAAUGAGGAGCAGAAAGAGAUGAUGGAGGGGAAGUGUGCUGCUUAUUGGACUACAUUAGCGCCCAAUGUGGAGGAAUAUAGUAGCACUACAGCAAGGGUGAUUGCUGCUGGUUCAGGGCACUUGGUUAAAGGGAUAUUGUUGUGUGGGGAUGUGACUAUGGAUAGGUUGAAAUGGGGGAAUGAAGUCAUGAAGAGAAGGAUGAGUCCUCGAUCCAAGUCAGAGAUUAGUCCUGACACCAUGAGGAGGAUUAGAAGAGUUAAGAAGAUGACGAAAAUGACAGAGAAAGUCGCCAAUGGCGUCCUAUCUGGGGUUGUGAAAGUGUCUGGAAUUUUCACUACCAAGCUUGCAAAUUCAAAAGCAGGCAAGAAAUUUUUUGGGCUUCUGCCAGGGGAGAUUGUGCUUGCAUCCCUGGAUGGAUUUGGCAAAGUGUGUGAUGCUGUGGAAGUAGCUGGAAAAAAUGUAAUGGCUACAUCAUCUACUGUGACAACUGAACUUGUCAACCACAGAUAUGGUGAACAAGCAGCUGAGGCUACAAAUGAGGGUCUUGGUGCUGCUGGGCAUGCAUUUGGCACGGCAUGGGCUGCAUUUAAGCUUCGGAAGGCACUUAACCCAAAAAGUGCAUUAAAACCAAGCAGCCUGGCCAAGUCUGCUGUUAAAGCUGCUGCUGCUGAGAUGAAGGCUAAGCAUUCCAAGUAAGUAACUACAGAUUGAAAUCCUUCAUUAAAAACAUUCACAACUGCUGCUGUAAUCUAUAAACCCACAUUCUCCCAUUUUUACCAUAUGAUUAUUUCUGUAAAUAUAUGGAUAUCAUUUAUUUAUUUAUUUAUUUUUCACCAAAUGCCAUUUUCUGGGCCUUCAUUUUCA